AUGUGGAGUAUUUGGAAAGCUCGUUGUAAAGCCGUGUUUGAACAUUUGCGUCCAAAUCCGUUGGAGGUCCUGCAUGGAGCUAGGGAGGCCUGGUCUGAAUUUUUUCAAAAUGAGGUUUGCCCAGGGACUAUCAAUAGAGUUGGUGGAGAUGAAGGUGUGGUUAAUCCUAGUCUGACGUGGUGUGCUCCCCCUAACCCCUUCCUUAAGCUGAACGUGGACGCCUCUUGGCAAAAUGCUUCGGGUUUAGCUGGUCUUGCUAUAAUUAUCAGGAACCAUAUGGGUGAAUUUAAGUAUGGAAAAGUUUUGAAGACCACAACUGGGUCUAUUGAGAUUGCUGAAGCGCGGGCAAUUAUUGAAGGACUAUCUUUUGCGCUGGAACAUGGCAUCACUCGUGUGUGUGUGGAGUCUGAUUCAAGGAAUGUUAUUGAUAAUUGUUCUGGAAAAAUUGCCAGAGGGGACUGGGGUAUGUAUCCCUCUUUAUGUUCGUUGGGCUUGGAUCCCAAGAGAAGCCAAUGCGGUUGCGGAUGCUGCGGCGGUGAAGUACUGCUCUGUCUCUAUCUCUGGCUGUUGCCUUGGCUUCUGCCUUAUGAAUGA